AUGCAGACAGUCCAGAAGCUCGUGUGAUGGAAAAAAAGUAGGGGCGUCACAUGUCGGCGUUAGGGAGGGAGUAGCUGCGGCUCUGACGGAGACAAGGGCUUUCUAUUUUUAGGGAGACUGGAAUGUACACAGAGGCCUCAUGGAGAGAGAGCUUGACAACAAACACCCCAGCACGAUCCCCUAUAAACAGCCACCUUCUACUCUUUCAGAUUGCUUCAAAGAUACAAAGAGAACUCAGAAAACGUGAGAGAGAGAGAGAUGAUUCACAGUUUUGUGUCUGCAUGAGCUUUGCCGAUACAGAAGCAGACACAAAAAAACAUAUAGGAUGUGCUACAAGUUGGCUGAGACCAGCAUAGAUGGACCUUUUACAGAGGUCCUGCACUAUAAAGACAAAGAGCUGGUGGAAACCCUGCCCUUACAGUUGAACAACUUGAGAAAGAAGCAGAUCCUCACAGAUGUUGUCCUUUGCUCAGACGGCAAGGAGAUCCCCUGCCACCGGAACGUUCUGGCAUCCAGCAGUCCUUACUUUUUUGCUAUGUUCUGCAGCAACUUUCGGGAAAGCCAGCAGGCCCGGGUGGUCAUGCAGGGAGUUUCCCAUGACGUUUUGAGUAGCGUUGUGGACUAUGUUUACACGGGGAACAUCAGCAUCACCAUGGAGCUGGUUCUUCCUCUGAUGCAAGCUGCUGCUAUGCUACAGUAUGGAAGGCUUUUUGAGGCCUGCUCAACCUUUCUUCAGGCCCAGCUCAGUCCCGGCAACUGCCUGAGCAUGAUCCGUCUCUCAGAGAUCCUGCACUGUGCCAGCUUGCAGGAGAAAGCUCGAGAGUUGGCGGUGAGAAGCUUCUCUGACGUUGUGUCUUCCGAAGACUUCUGUGAGCUCUCCCUGCAUGAGCUGGUGGGAUACCUGGAGGAUGACCAGUUGUGUGCUGAAGAGGAGCAGGUGUUCGAGAUCCUCCUAGCCUGGAUCCAUCAUGAUCCAUUCGUCCGCCAUGGUGCCAUCCAUGAUCUCUUCCGACGAGUGAGGCUACGACACAUCCAUCCAUCCUACCUCUUCCAGUUCAUCGCAAACGACCCACUGGUGCAGUCCUCCUCCCUGUGUACAGAGAUCAUUGAAUCAGUUCGACGUCUUCUCUUUUCUGUUGGCUCCCAUUGCCCGGGUGAUCUGCAGCCUCUCUGGGCAACUCCACGGCGCCACACCUGUAAAGAAGCUCUUGUGGUCGUGGGUGGUCGGAAGAACAACGAACGCACAUCUCGAGAGGCACUGCUUUUUGAUGAACAGUCGCAACGCUGGCAAUGGCUAGCUAAGCUCCCUGUACGACUCUACCGUGCCUCCUACGUUUGUAUGCACAGCAUUCUAUAUGUUCUGGGAGGCCUGGUCAUGAGGGCUGGAGGAGGCAGCGUACCUAGUGCCAUAGUAUACACACUGUCCCUCAAAACAAACCAGUGGAGAAUGGCCGAGUCCAUGCUAUCUCCCCGAUUUGCCCAUCAGAGUAUCUCCUAUCUGCAUUUCAUCUUCGUUCUUGGUGGGGUUACAGGUGAUGGACAAAUUUCCGAUGGGGUGGAGAGGUACAACACCAUGUUCAACCAGUGGGAGCUCAUGGCUCCAAUGCCCACUGCAGUCCAGCACCCUGCUGUGGCAGCUCAUGACCAGAGAAUCUAUGUGUUUGGAGGGGAAGAUGCCAUGCAAAACCCAGUAAGACUGAUACAGGUAUACCACAUUGGAAGGAAUCUCUGGUGCAAAAUGGAGAACAGGACGGUGAAGAAUGUGUGCGCCCCUGCUUCAAUUAUUGACGGCAAAAUCUACAUCAUUGGAGGUUACACAAGAAGAAUGGUGGCCUAUGACAUCAAGGCGAACAAAUUUGUGAAAUGCGAGAAUAUGAAAGAAAGGAGGAUGCAUCACUCAGCCACUGUCAUCAACAACAAGCUCUAUGUCACUGGGGGCCGCUACCUCAAUGGCCAUGACGUUAUCGAGGACUCAGACAGCUUCGACUGCUAUGACCCAGAGACAGAUACGUGGACAUCGAAGGGCACUCUUCCAUUUAAACUAUUUGACCAUGGUGCAGUUCCUAUGGUGUUUGUUUCCGACAAGACUUUUCUCACAUGAAUACAUUGCCUUAGCUUGCAAAUGAACACCAGGGGCCUAUUAUACGAAGCAGAGUUUCAGCUUGACUAAACAUAACAAAAGCAACCACGGUUAUCUGGUUUUACAACUUUGGUUAACAACGUUUUCUGUCAACCAAGGUUUAGAUACUCAAGCUGUGUUUAAUCUUUGUGCACUUGCACAUGAAAUCGUGAUGUUUUUGACAAAAAUAUUGGAGUAACUGUUUUGUUUUAGUCAUAUCUAUGUAUUUUUUUCACUUGAUUGAUGCCACAAAUGUCUCAAAGUGACCAGAGGGCUGUCAGAAGCGUGUUUCUGAUUGGUCAGUAGCUUGUCCUGAUUGAUCCAAGAUCUGUUUACAAUCCAAAAUUCCAAACUUGACAUGCCCUGGAGCAGGUGGAGUGCACAUCAUAUGUUUUGCAGUAAAAAGGGAUCCAUCAGGGUUAGAUGGAACUUAGCAAGGCAAGAAAUCCUGCUUCAUGGGACAGGUUGUUGACAACCCUGACAUAGAAAAGUGACUGGAAACAACACAUUUCGAACAACCACAACAUAAAAAUACAUUUGAUAGGCCUACAAUGCUUUGGUGAGUAUAGGUUGAAGUUAAUGAGUAGCGAAGUGUGCAGCUGUUCUACUCAGAUGUGGAACUCAAUCAUGUGCUACAUGAUCUGGGAGUGGAGCUGGACCUCCUAUGCACUUAAUAACUCAGCAAUAUUUGUUCUUGCUAAAACAAAGUUCACACUUACAGAGGAAUUCAGCAAAACUUCAUUGCUGAGGUUCACUCUGGUUCUGUUUGUCUUGAGUGGAAGCCCUUUCAAAUAGAAUCUACAUCCUUUGAGUGCACAUUAGAUUAAAUUCUAAUCGAAUUUCACUCCUUUAUCCUAGAAGUAGCACUUAGCACUGAAGAAUUCCUCCAUGCACCUUUGUCCAAACACAUUCCCACAACUUCCUACUCUACUGGUUUCUUCUCCUGAUUGAUUCCUUUGUCCUUUUGGAAAAAAAAUGUUUGAAUGAUAUUUGCAUUGUUGCUCAAAAAAAUAGCAAUAAAUGAAUGCUAGUUGGGAAGCUGAUAUAUGCUAAAAGCUAUUAUAUACUAAAGUUCCUGCCUUGUGAAUCAGGAGAUCAUGAUCGAUUUUAUUUUUAAUUUAGUUCUGAAGCUUCACUGAAAGGACUACUGACCAUUCACUUGAAGUAUUCACUUGAAUUGUCCGCACACUGUAACUGUAACAGCGUACUUAGCUGCUCCUUUUAUAUAUAAUUUGAAUGCACAAUGUGUAAAGUCACUUUUGCAACAUUUUAUAUGUACUAGUGUUUGACUAUUUGAAGUACCAGGUUUGAAAUAAACUGAUUUGUGAUUUAUUUUAGAAACACUUGGGAGUUUUUCUUUCUGCUUGGACCUCAGCAUUUCUGUCGAAGCAGCUACUAUGCUGGUAUGACUCCAGCAAGCUAAGAGUUACCACAUUUUCCACGGCUCAACCAUUCUGAGGAAGGUGUGAUGACCUGUUAAGCCGGGAGGGCUCGCAGGCUUGCAUAUCUUGGCUGUGUUGCUGCAGUCUCAUCGUGCACUGGAGCAUCAACAUGUCCAGACAUGAAACAGUAAAUCACUGAGGUCAUGAACCAGCACAGGCUUGUUCUAUUGUUGCAUGUGAACCUUACACAAAGAAUUUGUCAAUAGAAAUCCUGACUUGCCCUUAUGAAUAUAUUGUGUAUCAACAUGAACUAAAUACAUUUUUGUUUGAUAUGCAAAUUAAACAUUAUUUCCACC